UUCUGAGAACGACUGGAGGGGUUUUCCAUCCCCCACUUGAUUUCCCUCCAAAUCAUCGCAAUCCCACAUGAAGUCGAGUCCAUUUGAUCAUCAGUCAUUUAAAAUUCAUGUGCUUAGCUUCUAGACGCAAGUUCUACAACCCCGCCUCGGCCUGCUGGCAGUCCGAAGCAACCUACACGGAGGAGAGAGAAAAGAGAGAGAGAGGAUCUCACUCACUAUUGCCCUUUCACUACCAUCCCCAAACUCCACACAACAAAUUGCCUGGAGAUCUGAUUACAGCUCUCUUUGAGCUGCUGGCUCCGCACCUGUAAUAGGUUUAUGCUGUCACUUGGCAGUGAAUCCAUUUCUUAAUGCAGGGGUAGCUAUGUGUGCAGUUUUCAUGGAAUGUCUUGGUGUAAGCUAAGAUGUUGUUCAAAUCCAAAAUAAAAUGGGCUGCACUUGGAGGACUGGUUUUGUCUUUUGUUUCUUUGGUGGUUCACUUACUUCUCGCCAAGUAUUCAAAUGCUGAUCUAGUACCAAUCAAUAGUUUUAAUGAGGAUAUAAAUAUAAACAUUGGUAGCAAGGCCACUGGAGAUAGAAAGUUGUGGAAAAAUGUGAGGCCUUUAGAGUCCUUGCAGCCAUAUGCGAAUCCUAGAAGCACAUAUAGUGUUCCAACUGAGCAGAAUAAUGGUUUCAUAUAUGCCAAAAUUUUUGGUGGAUUUGAAAAGAUAAAAACUUCGAUUUGUGAUCUUGUUACCAUCUCCAGGCUACUGAAUGCUACCCUUGUCAUACCAGAGAUACAAGAAAGUACUCACUCAAAAGGUGUCAGUUUCAAGUUUGGAAGUUUUUCAUAUCUCUACAAUGAGGAGCAGUUCAUAGCAGCUCUUACAAAUGAUGUAAUCAUUGUAAAGAGCCUGCCCCGAGAGUUAAUGGAGGCUAGAAAACAAAAACAAUAUCCAACUUUUAAGCCCAAAAGUUCAGCUUCUCCAAGUUUUUAUAUCAAAGAAAUAUUACCAAAGUUAAAGAAAACAAAGGUUAUUGGAUUAGUGCUUACUGAUGGAGGCUGCCUACAGCCUAUCCUCCCUCCUAGUUUGGCAGAGUAUCAGAGGCUUAGAUGUCGGGUAGCAUUUCAUGCACUUCAUUUUCGUCCAGAAAUUCUAGCCCUUGGGCACCUAAUGGUAGAAAGGUUACGAGCUGCAGGCAAACCUUAUCUUGCUUUUCAUCCUGGUCUUAUGAGAGAUACCUUAGCAUAUCAUGGUUGUGCUGAGCUUUUUCAGGACGUCCACACGGAACUUAUACAGUACCGAAGGGCACAGAUGAUCAAACAAGGUAUUAUUAAUGAAGAACAAAGUGUUGAUUCAUAUGUUCAAAAAGGAAAUGGGUCAUGCCCCCUCAUGCCUGAAGAGGUUGGACUUCUCCUUCGAGCCUUGGGUUAUCCUCCCACAACAAGAAUAUACUUGGCUGGUUCUGAAACUUUUGGGGGUCAAAGAGUUCUGAUCCCUUUACGUGCUAUGUACACCAACUUAGUGGACCGGACUUCUUUGUGCAGCAAGAAAGAGCUAAGCAAUUUAGUUGGCCCAGAAAUGCCACUUCCUCUAGAUCCUUUCCAGCCUCCUCCAGCCAAAAGUGUGAACCAACUAAAAGAAGAAUGGGACAAAGCUGGUCCUCGUCCUCGACCUCUUCCUCCUCCUCCUGACCGGCCCAUCUAUCGACAUGAAAAGGAAGGUUGGUACGGUUGGGUUGCUGAAAAGGAUUUAGAGCCAGACCCUUCACCGAUUGAUUUAAGGAGGCAAGCACACCGGUUGUUAUGGGCUGCUCUUGACUAUAUUGUUUCGGUGGAAUCUGAUGCAUUCUUUCCUGGUUUCAACAAUGAUGGUAGUGGAUGGCCAGAUUUUUCAAGCUUGGUCAUGGGACAUCGGCUUUACAAAGUGGCUUCUGCCAGAACAUAUCGACCGGACAGGAAAUAUCUUGCUAAGCUCUUUAAUAGAACCAGUGAUCAUCUUUAUCAUCCAAAUCGUAGUUGGACACUAUCAGUGCGAGAGCAUCUGAAUAAAAGUCUGGGUGUGGAGGGCCUAAUGAGAGAAUUUCAGCUAUCAAAACCAAGGUCAUUUCUUUCACACCCACUUCCCGAAUGCUCUUGUAGAAUUGCCCAAACUGCAGAGAGUGGCGAUCACCAAUCGGAGGAUGAGUGCCCCAAAUGGAUGGAGCAUGGUCUUACAAAAUCAAACACUGUUAGCAAGAAAGAAUCAGAAGAAGAUGAGAUGGAAUUUGUAGAAGAGCUGCAGGAAUCAGAUGAAGAAGGCAACACAACUGAAUUAACUUCGUCAGAGCAGGAUGACCGAGUGGAUCCCAAUGAUUAGGAACAGAUGUACAGACAGAUAUUGCUUGAUUCUUUCAAUUUUAGUUCUUUCGAGUUUGCAGUCAAUUCCUAGCAAACUCUUACGGGAUGAAAUGUCAUUUCAGAGAGCUGGCUUUGUCGAGUCUUGGUGAAAAAGAAAAAACCGUUGGAAUUGUUGGUUCAUUCAAAAUUUUGAGGGGGUCAGAAUAUGGAACUUCAUCCGCACGACAAUAGGUUAAUUAAAUAUGAAAGGAAAAAAAGAGAAGAGGGAAUAAUGAUAUUUUUUUGGUUUAUUCUCACAUGUAUGGUAUAGACUGUCACCACAUGUAUAAUCUUUUUAGAUUUUUUUCUCUCUUAAAAGAAAAGGUUGUGAUUUUAAUAUUUACGCCUGCUUGGUAAACAUGGCUGUAGAACAUAUCCCUUGUUACAGCGAAAGAUUCUGUGCGGUACGACAGAGACGUACUGUUUUUCUUCUUGAUCA